UCAGCGCUGCCUGCAUGGGUACCUGGGAACGCUGUGAUGCUGCGUCUGUGGCAAAGCAAAAAGGCAGCACGGCCUGUUUAACUGAUCUGCUUGAGAGUGGCUUUUCAGAAGUUGCCACUAUAUCGAAAUAAUCUGCUGCAGCUCACACCUGUUCGCUCAGCUCUUGCAGGGCCGUCGCCAUGUCGGUGUCACACAGCUCCAGGCUGAACAAGCUGGUGCGGGAGCAGUACAUGAGGCUGCCCCAGGGCGGGCUGGUGCAGGUCACCUACGUCUGGAUCGACGGCAGCGGCGAGGGCGUGCGCUGCAAGAGCAGGACCCUCGAUAAGGAGCCCAAGAGCAUUGAAGAUGUCCCCGAGUGGAAUUUCGAUGGCUCCAGCACAGCGCAGGCGGAGGGCUCCAACAGUGACAUGUUCCUGGUGCCCGUCUGCAUGUUCAGGGACCCCUUCUGCCUGGACCCCAACAAGCUGGUGCUGUGCGAAGUGCUGAAGUACAACAGGAAACCCGCAGAGACCAACCUGAGGCACACCUGCAAGAAGGUGAUGGAUCUGGUGAAGGACAGCCACCCCUGGUUCGGGAUGGAGCAGGAAUACACACUGCUGGGUGUCAACGGCCACCCCUACGGCUGGCCUGACAACGGCUUCCCUGGCCCACAGGGCCCUUAUUACUGCGGGGUUGGAGCAGAUAAGGUGUACGGACGUGACAUUGUGGAGUCCCACUACAAGGCUUGCCUCUAUGCGGGCGUGAAGAUCUGCGGCACCAACGCCGAGGUGAUGCCCUCCCAGUGGGAAUUCCAGGUAGGCCCGUGCGAGGGCAUCGAGAUGGGUGACCACCUCUGGAUGGCUCGCUUCAUCCUCCACCGUGUCUGCGAGGACUUUGGGGUUGUGGCCACUCUGGACCCCAAACCGAUGACCGGCAACUGGAACGGGGCCGGCUGCCACACCAACUACAGCACCGAGGAGAUGCGGAAGGAGGGAGGCCUCAAACACAUCGAAGCCGCCAUCGAGAAGCUGAGCAAGCGGCACGACUACCACAUCUGCGUCUACGACCCGCGGGGCGGCAGGGACAACUCCCGGCGGCUCACCGGCCACCACGAGACCUCCAACAUCUUUGAGUUCUCUGCUGGAGUGGCCAACCGUGGAGCCAGCAUCCGCAUCCCGCGCCAGGUGGGCCAGGACGGCUUUGGCUACUUUGAAGACCGGCGGCCAGCGGCCAACUGCGACCCCUACGCGGUCACCGAGGCCAUCAUGAGGACCACGGUGCUCAAUGAGACCGGGGUGGAGACCAAGGAGUAUGCUGAGCACUGAGGCCGUGGGAUGGGUGAGGGUUUUCAUGUUGACACUAAUUGUGCCCGUGCUCUCGGCUGCGAGCUCAGACUCUUUAGAAACCUCGCUUCUGGUUUUGUGAAACGUUGCCUUAGCAAUCUUAUAUAUUUUAUAGUAAGAGGGAGGGGCCCAACCCAUUUUCUCAACCACUUUUUCUGGUUCCUGGUUUUAGGUCACACCUGGGAGGUUUGGUUUUUUGGUUUUUUUUUUUUUAGAACUUGGAUUGAAUUUUUUUCCUUCUGAUGGACUUUACACUGUGAUGUACAUAGAUUCCUACAUGGAAGCUGCAGCUGCUGCUGUUUGCACCUGGGCAGGGUGUGUGCUUUUUUUUUUUUCCCCCAGUAUCUCUGUUGCAAGGAAAUGAUAAUAAAGAAUUUUCCUGGCUGCGUGGCAGCCGUGUUAUCCUG